AUGUGCACCGAAACGAUCGCUUUCUGUGACAAGUGCGGCUUCCACCGCCACAUGCACUACCACCUCUGCGCCUCCUGGAUCUGGUCCUACCGCGAGAUAAAAUGGGGCUUCCGAACACCCCUCGACUCCAUCCCCAAACCGCGCGACUGCCCCCAUCUCGACGGCGAGGCCAAGACGGAGAUCCUGCCCGGCCGCUGCCCCAACGCGCAAUGUCCCGGCCACGCCGUCAAGGCGCAGCAGGACACCGAGAAUGACGCCAACGGCACGGCGGACACGAGGACCAAGGUCGAGAAGAUCGAGGCGGAGAGGAUCAAGCUGGGGUUCAGACGGUUCCGGCCGCAGGCGUUUACGGAUCCGUUGGAGGUUGGACGGCCGCACCAGCGCAAGUUGCCUGUCGUGAUGCUGAAUUUCAAGCCGGAGGAGGGGUCGGGAUGGGGACGGGUCCGGGGCAGCGCGGCGGGUAGCGCUGCGGGUAGCGCUGCGGGGAAUGCGGCGGGGAGCGGAGGUUCAUCCUGGGGCGAGGCCCAUUCCGAGACCGUCGACGUCGACGCAUACAAGCGCAGAAGAUGUUCGGCCUCCUGUGCGGAGACGGAGGGAGUUUAA